AUGAUUUAUUUAUUAUUAUUUAAUCCUUAUAAUUUGUUCCUUAUAAGAACACUUCCUAUUAAAAAUAGAAUAAUUUAUAUUAUUGAAUUCAAAUACUUGUAUUUAAUAAAUAAAUAAUAAAAAUAAUAGUAUCAGAGUCUAAUUAUUAGUAGCAAUAACCUUUAUCUAAAAAUAUCCUUACUAUGUGUUAAUAAUAUUUAGAAUUUGGAUCAUAAUACAAAGAAAUUAGGAUGGAGAAAAGUGAUUGAAAAAUUGAAUUAAAGUUAAAAUAAAAACUUUAGAUUAUUGAAUAACUCAUCUCAAAGUAAUCUAGAGCAAUUAGUAAUUGUGAUUGUAAAUUAAAUAUAUACUCUUUAAUUGAUAAUUAAUAGUUUCAAGUUAAAUUGAUAGAAUGAAAAAUUGAAUUUGGUGAACUAUAACUUUUUUGAAGUGUUGGAAUACAUUUUAUAAUAAAAAAUUUUCAUAUAAUUUAAGUAGUCCAACUUUUGAAGAGAAUAUUAGAAAUAUUAUAAGAGAUUACCAUUCUAAGUGGAUAGUUUAUUUAGAAUAAAAACUAACUUAACUUAAAGAAUUCAAUCAAUGGAAAUCUUGUUAUGAGAAAAUAAAAUUGAUUGAAAAAUAAGAAAAAACGUAAAUUAUUUAAUUUAAAUAAUAAUUUAAAGUUGCAACUAAUAAAAAUGAUGAAAAUUAAUAAGAAGCUCAAUAAUUUUAAUAUGAAAGUUAUUAAAUGAAUAAAGAUAAUCAUUAUUAAAAUAUUAUUUAUAUUGGAUAUAAGGAUUAAGGGAAGACAAAAUUAAUAGAUGCAUUUUUUAAUUAUUAUAAUGAAUGUAAUUUUGAUGAUGAUUUUAGAUUAAAAAUUUCAUAGAAUAAAUCAAAAACUUUUAAUUUAUUAUUCAUUUUCCUUUUAAAUAUUGAUUCAAUCGAUUUUAAUAAUUUUAAAAAAUUUUUUUUUCUGAUUUUGUAAAAUAUUUCUAUAUUUCUUAAAGAAGUAGUUAAGAAUUAUAAAAAAUUUGUGUAAAUUAUAAAUUUAAUAAAAAUAAUUUUCAAUAAAUUCAAAAAAUUAUAAAAUUGGACUAAUUGCUUCUUUACUUUAUUUUAAAUGAAAUUAUAAUAUGAAACUAGAUUUAAUAGAUAUAUAAGAUAAGAUUUCACUAUUCUUUUAUAAUUAUAAUAAAUUAGAUUUUGA